AGAUUCUGCUGGAACUAAGGCAAGCUCAGAGAUUCAAGUGUGCCUGAGAGAGAAUUGUGACCUUGACAACCUUCCUGGCCACGGUAGUGAGGUGUAGUUACCUGUGGUCAAAAGACAAACAGCCCAGGUCUGCACAAGGACGUGGACUAGUGAGGCAAGACCAAAGAUUAAGAUGGAAGACAAGCUUUAUAGAGUAAAAGUCUAUGUCAUGAUGGAAGACAAGCAGUGGAAAGACAUAGGUGCAGGACAAAUUUCAUCCAAAUACAUUGAUCGGCUCCAGGGAGUAUGCCUGCUUGUUCAUUCAGAAUCAGAUGGCUCACCAAUUCUGGAGUGCAAGAUACAACCUAAUGUGCCCUAUCAGAAACAUCAAGGGAAGGUAAUCAUUUGGUCUGAAGCUAAGAACCAUGGUACGGCAAUACAUUUCCAGGAACCAAAUGACUGUCAAGAGACCUGGGAAGUUAUCUGCCAAGUUCAAGGUAAAGAUCCAAAUGUAGAAAUCACACAAUUACUUACUGAUGAUCUGGAAAGUUUUAAAGAUAUGCUGCUCAGUUGGAAUAAAGUUGAGAUGUCAAGCUGUGAACUCCAUACACUUGAAAACAUUGCAGAUUUACUUUCUUUUGUCAAUGAAGCACCAAGCCACAAAAAAAUUCUUACACUGGUCUUGGAAAAAGAAGGUUACAUUAAAAAAUUGCUACAGCUGUUCAAAACUUGUGAAAAGCAUCAGAACAUAGACGGUUUACACUACUUAAAUAACAUCAUUAGAGGAAUCCUGUUUCUAGACAAUAUACAUUUGUUUAACAUUAUGUUUUCUGAUGAAUUUAUUAUGGAUGUGGUAGGAUGCCUUGAAUAUGGCCCUGGUUUAGAUGAGCCAAAGCAGCACAGGCAAUUUUUGACUCAAAAUGUGAAAUUCAAGAAUGUUAUGCAAAUAACUCACUCCCAACUUAGGAAAAAAAUACAACAGACCUACAGAAUGCAAUAUAUUUAUGAUAUUGUAUUACCCACACCAUCCAUAUUUGAAGUAAAUCUUCUUCAUGAUCUUAGCACUAUGAUUUUUUUCAACAAAAUUGAAAUAAUUACCAUGUUGCAAGAAGAUGAACAUUUUUUGCUCGAAGUUCUUGCUCAGCUAAAAGAUAACACUGUAAGCAAUGAGAGACGGCAUGAAUUGUUAUUAUUCUUCAAGGAAUUUUGUGCAUUUGCUAAGACAUUACACUUUCAAAAGAAAAAUACAUUACUGAAAACACUAAUAAAGCUAGGAAUCAUUAGUGCUCUGAAAGUUGUAGUACACAUGCAUGAUUACCAAAUACAAGUAGCUGCUUUAGAACUAUUUGCACAUCUAGUAGAAUAUAGUCCACGUCUAAUUCGAGCAUAUGCAAUGAAAGAAGCUCAGUACAGUGAAGAUAAUGAUGGCCUUCUGAUUAAUAUAAUGAUCAAACAAAUGACCUGUGAUUCUGAUCCUGAAUUUUCACGAAGCAUCAUUUUGACAACAGUUCUCCAUGCAAUUCUUGAUCCAGAAAAUAUGCGUGUCACAACUAAGGGGCAUGAAAGAAGAAAAUUCCUGAAUUACUUUUAUAGACAUUGCAUGAAUAAACUCAUAGAACCAAUUUUGUCUAUAACAGUAGAAAAUAAUAGUGAUGACAAUAGGGUUAAUAUCUGUCCUGAUAAUUAUCAAAAUGCACAAUUACUUGGUGCAAUUUUAGAAAUACUCACAUUUUGUGUGCAGUACCACUCAAAAUAUGUAAAAAAUUAUAUUAUAAGCAAAAACUUGCUCAGCAGAAUCUUGAUACUGAUGAGUUCAAAGCACACAUUUCUGAUUUUGUGUGCUGUCCGGUUUAUGAGAAAAAUGAUCGGCCUUAAAGACAAAAUGUACAAUCUUUACAUAGUUGAGAAAAAUCUGUUUGAACCAGUUGUAAAUGCUUUUAUGCAUAAUGGACAUCGGUACAAUAUGUUAAAUUCAGCUAUUAUUGAGCUAUUUGAAUUUAUAAGACAAGAAAACAUCAAGUCUCUCAUUGCAAACAUUGUGGAAAAAUUUUUUAUGUUCUUUGAAUCAAUUCAGUAUGUUCAGACAUUUAAAGGGUUGAAAACUAAAUAUGAAGAGGAAAAAAAGAAGAAGAGAGAGAGACAAUUAAGAAAGAGUUUACAUAAUAUAAUAUACCAGAGAAUAUAUUGUAGACAUAUCAAAGCUAUGGAAGUAAAGGUCAAGGCAGAUAUAUUUUGUAGACAGAUCACAGAUAAAGAAGAAGAAAGAGAAAAAGGAGGAGGAGGAGGAGAAGGAGGAGGAGGAAGAGGAGGAGAAGGAGAAGGAGGAAGAGAAGGAGGAGGACGAGAAGGAGAAGGAGGAGGCGGGGGAAAAGGAGGAAGAGGAGAAGGAGGAGCUGUUCUAUCAAUGGGAAGUGACAUUCCAAGUCAUUAUGAUAUGUUUGUGAAAAUUAACGAGAUGAAUGAAAGAGAAAAUGUAAUAGAAUGCCGAAAAAGAAAGUCAUCUGCAACCUCUGAAUAUUCUACGUCUUGUGGUGAUACGUCUGAUAAUGGAAUAAGUACAGUUUAUUGUAGCAGUCUUGUUCCUUUAGUGGAUUACGCAUAUGAUACUGAUGGUGAAGAUGAUGAUGGUUCUUAUGGUAACAAUGAAAAUGAAGAAGAAGAAGAAGAAGAAGAAGAAGAAGAACCCCCGAAAAAAAAACCUUAUUUUCAUCCAUAAAAUAAUAUGAACUCAAAGCUCAAAUAAAAUUGUGUAGAUAUCACUAACUCAAAAUAUCAUUUAAAAAUAUUUCUCCUAUGGACUUUUAGUUAUGGUAGAAUCCAGUGCAAAAUAAUAAGAGACCUUAAUUUUACAUAAAGAAAACCUUCCAUAAAUAGAUGUGUAUUAUAAAAUAAACAGCAACUAAGUUAUAACUUCUUAUAAAGAACAUCUUACUUUAGCCACAUGUUUCGAGAAGAGGAAAAAUUUUAAUAAAUAAUUCAAUUUUUACUAAGGUAUUAGAAGCAUCUACAAAGGUUUUAUUGAAAAUCCUACUGUCAAAGAAGGGGUCUAGAAAUUCUUUCCAUAAAUUGGCAUUUGUUUAGAGUAUACUUUGAUGUAUUGAAGACAAAAUAACAUGAGACUUUUCAACAUUUCUGUGAAGAUUUACCAGAAUUUUAGCAUUAUGAAUAAUAAUAGGGGAACAACAUUCAGUGUAAUUCAGUAAAAUUUUCAUUAAUAAAGUGAUAUGCUAGAUCC